ACCACCAAGGAAUUGCUAUGAAUUUGGUUGCACAAUUUCUCUACUCCAGGGCUUUAAAGAACCGAACUCCCAGGGAACGCAUCCGAGAAGAGGAAGAAUAUGAUCCUUUCUGGCAAAGGUUGGAGAAUGUUGCCAAUGUGACGUAGACUUAGAGUGUUGGUUUCUCCCCUUUAGGAAUUAUGGACAGCCCUAAGUUUGUACCUGGGGCCAAGCCGGUGGCCAUCACCUCCCCUGGAUCCUUCCUGCCUCCGUAUGGUGUAGUAGUUGGAGUGUUGCUUCACUUCUUUGUUUAUUGCAUUGCCAUACUUUAUAGCCAUACCAAGAAGCUAUUUGCCAAAAAGGAUGAAAGCAAAAUAAGAAAACUAGAUGCCCCUCCACAUUGUGAACUUCAUUGCUGUAAGGAUGGGCCUGUCAGGAAUGGCCACAUUGGACAACGGCCACCUGGUAUCAACCCGGAAAGACUGAAAGAUUUUGGCGAGGAAGAUUAUUUAAAUGGGGGAGUGAAGACGUGGGAAAUGAAAAUAAUUGGCCAUAAUGAGGAAUUGCUAAAGGACUCAGUCACCCAUCCAGAUAGGAUUAGCCAACCGGCCUACAAUAAAUCUAUUAGAUUUGAAGAUAUCAGUGCAGCAGCUUUCAAAAUCCAGUGUGGAGUUCAGAAAACACCUUGUAUGUAUUCUAGGCUUUCAAAGCAGUAUGGAAUGGACAUUUAUCUAAAGAAAGAAUACCUUCAGUACACAGGAUCUGUGAAGGAGCGGGGUGUACUUUACCUUCUAAUGUCUUUACAACAGGAUCAGCAAAGAAAGGGUGUAAUUGUUGCCUCAGACAGUAACUUUUCCAUGGCAGUUGCAUAUCAUGCCUCGGAGCACCAAAUUCCUGUGUUUGUCAUCAUGUCCACCAGCACCUUGCCAGCUCGAGUUAAAAUGUGCCGCGAAUAUGGAGCCAUGGUCAUUUCCUAUGGCUCUACAGCAAGAGAUUCCCAGCUGCAAGCUAGAAGGCUAGCACAAGAAAACGGUUACCUGUAUCUUGAAGAAGAGGACAGUGCCAUCUAUUUGUCAGGCCUGGGGACCAUGGGGCUGGAAAUCUAUGAGCAAGUGCCAAAUCUGGAUGCAGUGAUACUCCCAGCAGGAGCUCACUGUGGAUUGUUAGCGGGCUCAGCUGCUGCACUGAAACAUUUGAACCCACAUAUUUCUGUGAUUGGUGUGGAGUCUGAGGGUUUCCCUGUACUGCAGCAGUCCUUAAAGACUGGCCACUCCAUUGAAGACCAGACCCACAGUAACUGUCAGUUUUACAAAGACAUAAGUGGACCUUGUUUCAGCACCAAGUCUUUACAGUUGACUGGGAAAUUUGUGGAUAAGGUUCUCACAGUGAGAGAAGAGGACAUCCUGAUUUCCAUGCUGAGGUUGCUGGAGUAUGAACGCGCCACUGUUGAUGCAGAAGGGGCCAUUGGACUCGCAGCACUGGUCUCUGGGAAGCUGCCAGAAUUAAAAGGCAAAAGAGUGGCUGUUGCUGUAUGCAGUGGUAACCUGGAGCUUCCUCUAAUGCGGCAAUGCAUAGAUCGGGCCCUCACCCUUGAUAACAGAGUAUGCAAAUUCUCCAUCUUGAUUUCUGACUGCCCAGGAGAUAUUUCCAAGCUGCUGGAGAUUUUGGCUCGGGAGGAAGCCAGAAUACUGGACAUCAAACAGGAACACAUGUACAUGGCAUCUGAUUUAUUCACCAGUGAGGUAAGGAAAAACCUGCAACUGAUUUUCAUUUCUACAAAUUCUGCAUAA